AAAUUCUGCAGUUGCGGAGCAGUCGGCGAGCGACCGCCGUACCGUUGCGUACGCUGCGUCCGCGCAAACUCCCUCGGACUUUCGAUAUCAGCUGCUGCAGUGUGUGAUUCUCUCUCCUCGCUGGAUUUGCUGCAGUGUGUCUUUAUCCGCGCGCGUGCAUGAAAACGCAGUCGGUGCUGCACACACGUAUGUACAUGCACAUGCAUCGCACGCACACGCUUGCAGCGAGUUUAUAGCUACACAGGCACCCUACAUUACAUACAUCCUCGAGUUGUUCACUUGUGCGCGACGAGCUGCUCCACAUUCGCUCCGUGAUUUACCAAGUGCGUUUACUAUAAACAGUGCAACAUGACAGUCGUCGUCGCCUAGAUUUGACGCAUCGCAGCUCCCUUCCUCCCUCCCCCACACCGUCGCAAUCAUGUCGUCGGUCUUCUCCAAGCUCAUCGACAAGACCUCCAACAGGUAUGGCAUACGUCAAGAACAGCUGACCCGCGGCGUCGUCGGCACCGUCACGGCCCUCUACCUUCUCAAGGUUGGCUAUCCCUACAUAGCCGCCAGUGCCAAGGUCUGCCUCAAUCAGAUCAAGGCCCAUCGACGCGAUCUGGCCCAGCAGCCCGUGCCAAAGACCUCGCGCCAGAAUGGAGCCCAAGCCGAGAGCGCCCAGGCCUCCAAGAAGCCCGUCGGCCUUGACAAGGCCUUCGCCAAGCAGCUCCUCAUGCUACUCAAAAUCAUGAUACCCGGAUGGAGAACCAGAGAGGCUGCUCUGCUCUCUUGCACCACUUUUGCCUUGCUCACCAGGACCUUCCUCUCUGUCUACGUUGCCACUCUCGAGGGACAGAUUGUCAAAAGGAUUGUGCUCAAGGAUAUCAGAGGCUUUCUCUGGAUGAUGGCCAGGUGGUUCGCCGUAGCUUUUCCAGCCACUUUUGUUAAUUCUGCCAUUAGAUAUUUGGAGGGAAGAUUGGCCUUGAGCUUCAGGGAAAGAUUGGUGGAGCAUGCGUACAAAAUGUAUCUUAGCAAGCAAACCUACUACAGAGUUUCUGCAUUGGACACCAGACUUGGAGGAGCUGAACAAAGACUGACGGAUGAUCUAUCUGAACUAGCCAGUUCAGUAGCACAUUUGUAUUCUCAUUUGACGAAACCUCUGCUAGAUUGUGCACUGGUUGGCAUUGCUCUGAUUUCAUUUUCUUCUCGAAUGGGAGCCAGAACCGUACCUGGUCCAUUGCUAUCAGUAGUUGUUAUUGGUCUUACUGGACAAAUACUGAGACUUGCUUCACCUAAGUUUGGUCAACUUGUUGCUGAAGAAGCGUCUAGGAAAGGUAGAUUAAGGGAAGCCCAUGCUCGAAUAAGUGCACAUGCUGAGGAAAUAGCUUUCUAUGGAGGACAUAAAGCAGAACAUAGAUACCUUACAACAGCCUAUAAAUCACUUACUGUGCACUUGAGAAGAAUCCUUGCUUUGAAAUUAGGAUAUGUUAUGUUAGAACAAUUUUUAAUGAAAUAUGUCUGGUCCGGAACUGGACUCUUGGUUAUUGCUUUGCCACUGCUGUACAAUUCAAAUAAUGCACUUAAAUCUGCUCAAGAUCAAGAUAGAGAUGGAGGAGUUAGCGAGCGCACGCGAUAUUUAACUACUUCGAAGAAUCUAUUGAGUUCGGGUGCUGAUGCGGUCGAAAGACUCAUGUCAUCGUACAAGGAAUUAGUAGCCCUAGCCGGUUAUUCUGCCAGAGUAAGUGAAAUGUUUGCUGUAUUCAAAGAUGCUGCUGAUUGCAAGUAUAGAAGAAAUGUUGUUACAACUUGUCAAACUCGAACGCCUAACGGUGUCAGUAUCGAAGAGCAAAGUGUUGUUGAAUUUAAAGAUGGAAAUCCUAUUAUUAAAGGUACUAUUAGAGAAAGCGACGAUGGCAGUAUUACCUUGAUUAACGUACCUAUAGUUACACCAAACUGCGAAGUUAUUGUAUCAAAAUUAUCUAUUGAAAUACACCCCGGUGAUCAUUUGAUAAUCACAGGUCCAAAUGGUUGCGGUAAAAGUUCGAUGUUUAGAAUUAUUUCCGGUUUGUGGCCACUGUAUGGAGGCGUAAUGCACCGACCUGGAAAAUCGUAUACAGCCAAAACUGGCAGACCAGCCUUAUUCUACAUACCUCAAAAGCCUUACAUGACCGUGGGAUGUUUGCGCGAUCAAAUAACGUAUCCCGCGGAGUGCACUAAAGAGGAGGUGUCGGACGAGGAGUUGAUCGAGCUGCUGAGCCUCGUGGAUCUGCGCGGACUCGUCGAGAGAGAGUCCGAGGGUCUCGACGCUUACGGCGACUGGGACUCGACUCUGUCCGGCGGCGAGAAGCAGCGGCUGGCGAUGACGAGAUUAUUUUAUCACGCGCCUCAGUACGCGCUUCUGGACGAGUGCUCGAGCGCGGUGAGCUUGGAAGCCGAAGGCGCUAUGUACGAGACGGCGAAGAAGAAGGGGAUUACAUUGCUGACGAUCACUCAUCGCGUGGCCUCUCUGGCCAAGCAUCACAAGUUAAUUUUAAGAUUCGACGGCGAGGGUGGUUGGAAUUUCGGGCCUCUGGACGCGAGCAACAUACCGGUGACGCAAAACAAUAACGAAGAAAAGAAGACAAACGAAGUGAAGAAUUAUCAACGAAUACAGCAGGAAAAUCGUAAGGUCGAAGACGCUCACAUUAGCGUAAGCUGAGGGUCCUACGAGGCAACAGAACAAGUCUUACACAAAUUAGCACGUUUACUCGUUCGUUUUAUGGAAAUGUAUAUAAGUACUUUUUCAACGUAGAAUUAAUAUUAUAGAUUCACAUUGUACAAAAUAUAUAAAAUUAUAUCGAUGUAUUUUUUUACUUAUAAAAACGCGAGAGAGGUCAAUUACGACACGAGUUU